AUGGACGUAGACGUAGACGUGGACGUGGACAUGGACGUGGACGUGGACGUCGACAUGGACGUGGACGUGGACAUGGACGUGGACGUGGACGUGGACAGGGACGUGGACGUGGACGUGGACGUCGACAUGGACGUGGACGUGGAGGUGGACGUGGACGUGGACGUGGACGUGGAUGUGGACGUGGACGUCGUCGUGGACGUGGACGUGGACAUGGACGUGGACGUGGACGUGGGCAUGGACGUGGACGUGGACAUGGACGUGGACAUGGACGUGGACGUAGACAUGGACAUGAACGUAGACGUGGACGUGGACGUGGACAUGGACGUGGACGUGGACGUGGACAUGGAGGUGGACGAGGACGUGGACAUGGACGUGGACAAGGACGUGGACAUGGACGUCGACGUGGACGUGGACAUGGACGUGGACGUGGACGUGGACGUCGACAUGGACGUGGACGUGGACGUGGAGGUGGACGUGGAUGUGGACGUGGACGUGGACAUCGACCUGGACGUGGACAUGGACAUAGACGUGGACGUGGACGUGGAUGUGGACGUGGACGUGGAGAUGGACGUGGACAUGGACGUGGACAUAGACGUGGACGUGGACAUGGACGUGGACGUGGACAUGGACGUGGACGUGGAGGUGGACGUGGACAUAAAUGUGGACGUGGACAUGGACAUGAACGUGGACAUGGACGUGGACGUGGACAUGGACGUGGACAUGGACGUGGACGUGGACGUGGGGACAUAG